ACCAAUAAAACGAGUAAAACAAAACAGUUGUGAAUUUUAAGGGGGUUCAGUUUUGCAAACUAAUCCUUCUGAAAAAUAUAUUAUUAGAAUGGCAGAAGAGGCAAUAUUCGAAUAUUUACAUUCCGAAAUUGUGAACUACACCCUGACAAAAGAGACCAAUAAGGAAAAUGACCUCUCGGCGCUCGAAUACAUCGGUUACUCGACCGGCUACCGGAUCAUUGAACGGCUCACUCGCGAAUGGCCGCGCUUCAAGGACGAACUCGAUACCAUGAAGUUCAUUUGUACGGACUUUUGGAGCUCGAUCUACAAGAAACAGAUCGACAACCUUCGGACGAACCAUCAGGGCGUGUACGUCCUGCAGGACAACGCAUUCCGAUUUCUGACCAGACUGUCGUCCAGUUCGCAGUAUCUUGAGCAUGCCCCUAAGUUUGUCGCAUUCACGUGUGGAUUAGUUCGCGGUAGCUUGGCAAAUCUGGGUAUUACGAGCACGGUAACGGCUGAGGUGCAGACCAUGCCAUCGUGUAAAUUUCAUAUCCAAGUGAAUCGAGGAUAAUUUAGUCGGAUCUUGAUAAAUGAUAUUCUAUUUAUUUUGAAAUCAGAAUUAAAAUAUUCAACAAAACAAAA